AUGCUUUCUUGGGAUUUUCUCGUGCAGGGGAUCCGUCCACUAAUCAAUCAUCUCACAGAAGAUGGACGCGUCAACAUCACAUUUGACGCCGCACCCUCCUUCGAUACAUACGUUCCGCCUCCGCCUCCUGUCGACACGGCAUUUCCACAUGCCGAGCCGGAGGCUUCUGUAGAGAUCACCAAACCGAGGGUGCGGCGCCCACACCUGCGCAACGUUACCUUUUCGCCUCCGUGUGCCUUGAAUAUUGUCGUCCAGAUAGUCGGAAGCCGGGGCGACGUACAACCUUUCAUUGCACUGGGCAACGAGCUACAGGCACACGGACAUCGCGUACGCAUUGCUACGCAUGACGUUUUCGGGGACUUUGUCCGCAAGUCCAAGUUGGAGUUCUUUCCUGUUGGAGGCGAUCCCUCCGAUCUCAUGGCUUACAUGGUCAAGAACCCAGGCCUGAUGCCCUCAUUAUCUUCCCUCCAAGCUGGAGAUAUAGGAAGGAAGCGAGUCAUGGUAGAGGAAAUGCUGGACAAGUUCUGGCGCUCCUGCGUCGAACCCGACCCGGAUUCCAAGGUUCCUUUCAUAGCCGAGGCCAUCAUUGCCAACCCGCCCAGCUUUGCCCACAUUCACCUCGCCCAAGCCAUGGGCAUACCUUUGAUUUGAU